AUGAUUCAUGCUCCAGCAUUGGUAUUGAUCGGAAAGUACUUCAAAAAGAGAAGAGGCAUUGCCACAGCAGUUGCCAUGUCUGGAAUUAGUAUUGGGGGCAGCGUUUUCCCACCCCUCGUUCGUUUCUUAUUAGAUGAAUAUGGUGUCAGAGGAAGUAUGUUGAUCCUAACAGGGCUGACAAUGAACAUGUGGGUCGGGGCUGCUUUGUUUAGACCAUUAAGUUUCUUUCAUAAAAGGAUACCAAAACACCCAUCUGUCAUGAGUGAAGGGCGAAAACAUGACCAAAGACAAGGCAAUGAAAAACAUGGAAAUGAACAUGAUGUGGUUGGAGCACGUUCUGUCAAGGAACUAACUAGUAUUAAUGGUGGAAAAGCAGUGGUCUCAUUUGCGAGUCAAUCAAAUAGGGGAAAGGGACAAAUAAGUACGAUUAUCUGCAAAAGUACAAGACCAGAAUCAGUUGUCAGCAUUGAAUCACAAGUAGAUUCCCUCUCAGAAAGUCAGAUUAGAUUGUACACAAGUAACCUAGAUUUGACUUCAAUGUCAGUGGUGGAUAUUACAGAAGUUAAUGCUGAAUCAUUUGACAAUGAACAGGAAUCAAAAGAACCCAGAGGUUGUGGCAUGUAUGUGAAACGAGCAUUAUCAGCAUUUGACUUUUCCUUGUUUAAGCAACCAAUGUUUCUGUUGAUAGUUGCAUUUGUUCACUUUGGCAUAAUAUUUAGAUUGUUUGGAGUCUACCUUCCUGCCCUGGCAAAUGAAAAGGGCAUCUCACAAGCAGAUGCAGCAUAUUUGUUGACUUUGUCGUGUGUUCUGGAUUUCUUCAGCAGACUUGCUGUCGGGUUCGUUGCCGAUCUCAAAUACAUCAAAGUAAAUCAUCUGAUGGUUAUUGGAAUGCUGAUAUCUGGAAUGGCAACACAGUUUGUCUAUUUUUUCAAUACGUAUGCUCUUCUUGUCGUAUUCUCCGUGAUUGUCGGACUCUUUGGCAGUUUUUAUUACUGCCUUAUUCCUGUUGCCAUUGUCGACUUCAUGGGACUUGAAUACAUGGCGAAGGUUCUUGGAUUUAUAGCUGUGUUCCACGGUUUAGCCCUGUCUGUGACGCAUCCGAUUAUGGGUAAGAUCCUCAUUCUGUAUUUUAUGUUAAAUAAUGUUAUGCUGAAAUAG